ACGAUGUAGGUGGCGCUAGGCGUGUUCUUCUUCCGUCAUUCUCAUUCGCUGUCUAGUUUUUCUUUUUGCCAUUCGGUAUGUAGGUACUUUAGUUGGCUGUAAAAUUUAUUCUCGUAAUGGCUGCCACGCUAAAAGUGUAGCUUUUUGGUUAUGUCAUGUAUAUAGGAAUCAGUGUCCGUAUGUCACAUUGGUGUUAUUCAACAAGUGUACCGAGUCAUGAUCGCAUGAAAGCUGUUAUAUUAUCAAUCUCACUAGAACGUUUCCUCUUUCAUGUUUCCUUAUUUGGCAAUUAAGUUAUGGACUCGGGAUUUGUGUACUGUAUGUAACAAAAACAUAAUCUAUGCAUUGUGAAAAGUGUACGUGUGGACCAUAUUGAGUGCGGAGUGGUAGUUUUUGGUGCAAAAUGACGGACAACAGGUCAUCGUCGGCGCUAUUUAAGCGGGCCGAACAGCUGAAGAGAUGGGAAGAGUCUGACACUAACAAGCAGUCGCCGACGCCGAAGCGGGCGUCUAGGAUCCAGUUCUCGGCGGGCAUCGUGUUCCUGGCAGCGUGUACGUCGGGUGACAAAGACGAGGUGCUGCGACUGCUGAAGGCGGGCGCUGACAUCAACACCGCUAAUGUCGACGGGCUCACCGCGUUGCACCAGGCGUGUAUAGAUGAUAACCUGGACAUGGUGGAGUUCCUGGUGAGCCAUGGCGCCGACGUGAAUCGCGGCGAUAACGAGGGCUGGACUCCGCUGCACGCCACCGCCUCUUGCGGCUUCAUCAGCAUAGCUAGGUAUUUACUGGAGAAUGGCGCCGACGUGGCCGCCGUCAACUACGACGGCGAGCUGCCGGUCGACAUCUCCGAGUGCGACGCCAUGACCGACCUGCUGCAGAAGGCUAUCGAUGAGAAAGGCGUGGAUUGCGAGAAGUCACGCAACGCGGAAGUGGACACGCUGAUGAGCGACGCACGGGAGUGGGCGAUGAACGGCUACGUGGAGGUGCGCGACUUGAAGACAGGCGGCACGCCGCUGCACGUCGCCGCCGCUAAGGGAUACAUUGACGUGGCGAAGACCCUGCUAGAGGAAUGUAACGCGGAACCUGAUUGUGUGGACUAUGAAGGGUGGACUCCCCUGCACGCGGCCGCCCUCUGGGGACAGAAGGAAGCCGCCGCUCUGCUCCUCAAGAACGGCGCCGAUCCACAUCUCAAGAACUAUUCGGGCCAAACAUGCAUGGAUCUGGUGGACCCGAGCAUAUCGUCGUGGCUGGAGGAGGCGACGCGGCGCGUCAACAACAACAACAACAUCAACAAGCGCAAGCUCAGCCCGCCGCGGCACGAGCAGGUCAAGCGGAUCGACAUCGAGAUCACCGGACAGACGGACAAAGUCGUCAAUGACAAACCGGCCGCCCCGGAGAUUAUACCGAAAAUCACGGAGGGUAAGCCGCCGAAAGGCCGGGCCCCGUCGCCGGAGACCGCGGAGCCCGCCGAAGCGACACCCGCCGACGAAGCACCAUCGUGGCGCCGCUGCGGCUCCUUCCGUAGGCAGCAGGAUGCGGCCAGAGAAAACAAACCGCCCGCAAACGCAGUGGACACCGACACAAUACUCAGAAGGACGCACAGUUUCGAAAACGACAAGACAAAAUCAAAAAAGAACCUUGUCAGCUAUUUAAUAAGCCGUUUCGAUAAAGUGCGAGACCGCAGCGCCAGUCAGGACGGUUAUCACGCCGAUUUCUACCAGCGAUACCGCGACGUGACGGCACGUAUAAAGGCGUCCUCGUGUCCGUCCAUACCGCCGCUGCCGCAGUCCGCGCUGGCGGCCAUUGAGCUAAGGAAAAAGACGGAACCGAAUGCGGACGCUAGCGAAGAGGUUCACACGAGAAUAAGUCCGACGGAUCGGAAGGAGAGGGAAGCGAACACGUGGACCGCGCCCGCGAACACAACCGCGAACGCCAACGCGACCAACACGACCACUCAGACCACUGUCAGGAGCUCGGAGAGCGUUGAGUCGAACAGUAGCAAUUCCACGCCGAGCUCCGCGACGCCCACCAAGCUGUCGCCCGGCAACAUAUUCAAGAACUUCUUCAAGUCUUUCGUACCGCCAGUGCGGGAUGAGGAAAGCGAAACGCAGAGGAAGGCGCACGCGAAACGUGUUCGUGAGACGCGGCGAUCCACGCAGGGCGUCACGCUCGACGAGAUCAAAUCAGCGGAGCAACUGGUGAAGAAGAAGGCUGGGAACGGCACCACCGAGGCCCCAGCGCCGACAGUAACAAAAAAGACAGAGGACACGCCCGCCCCGGCCAGCACGGACAACGGUUCGGCGCGCGGGGCGGGCGGGGCGGGCGGGGCUACCGGCGACGUGACCGUGACGGUCGCGCUCGCGUGCGCCACCGCCACCGCGACCGCCACCAUCGCGGCCAACAGCGAGCGACGCCCCUCGUGGCGGCUGCGGCUCGACCCCACUAAUAAGUUUGAGCUGGAGGACGCGAGUCGCGCCACGCCGCGCGCGGCCGCCGAGGCGACGGUGACGCUGCCGCUGCGCCGCCCGCCGACCGGCUCCAACGCCAACACCACCGCCCUGCCGCCCAAGGAGGACAUGCGUGCAGGUGAAGAGGAGAGGGAACGUGAGAGCAGUUCUGAGAGCAAGUCGUCGAGUAGCGCGUCGCCGGCGAGCACGCAGGCCGCACUCAACGUCAUACAGCGCCGGCGCAGGCCCAAGCGGCGCUCCACCGGCGUUGGACAUGUUGACAUGGACGACAUUGUCAACGACCGCGGCGGAGGCGGCGGUGGCGGCGAGGGCGACGGCGACACAGACACUGUACAGUCGGGCAGCGAGCGCACAGAGGAGUCUGAAGAUCGGGACUACAAGACGCUAUACGAGGCGUCCGCAAGCGAGGUGCGCCGCCUACGCGCACUCCUCGCCACCUCCGAGCAGCAGCUGCGUGAGGCGCGCGCCACCAUCACCAGGCUCACACAAGUGGAUGAUGAUGGUAAUCAGAAUUCAUUAUCUGAAAUAGAGAAACGAGAGAAGAGGGCCAUGGAGAGGAAACUAUCCGAAAUGGAGGAGGAACUAAAGUACCAGCAAGCGCUGCAGGCCGAGAACCAGCGGCUGAAGGACGAAAACGGGGCGUUGAUCCGAGUAAUCAGCAAACUGUCCAAGUGAAAUGUUUGCACCACACGUUAUAUUUGUAUACAAUAAAAUAUGUUUCCUAAACAGAUUGCAAUGUUAAAAUAGCUUGUACCUUUAGAACAGUGAGGAACCUUGUUCGUGGCAUUGCGAUACCUAUCACAAUCUUAUAAUGUGUUAAGAGACGUAGCAGCGGCUUUGUGCAGGGACAACGUACGUUAUUUAUUGGUAUCUACUGUCUACGGUCCCCGCCUCGUGUUAAACUAUUUAUUUUAUCGGCGACGCAUUCGUACGAUUUGUAGUGAAUAAAAUUUAAAUUAUUCGAAGCGAAUGAGAUCUAAUAUGAUAAUGAUUGCAGUACAAAAUCCGUAUAUAACGAUACGUACAAUACGAUGUAAUUGAUUCAAUUUGUUUCGUCGCACAUGUAGCAUGUGCGUUAGAUUACGUCUUGAAAUGAGGUUCCUGUCGCUACACACGUGCACGUCAGGACAAACGCACAAAUCCGCCAUUUUGAAUUGAACCGUUUGACAUAUUCAUAUUAUUCAUUUUCCAUUAUUAUAAUUUUGAUUUGAUGUUUAUAUUUGGAGGAUUUUUGCGUUUGGUCCCGAAGAAUGCGCUAGUCUUUAUGAUAUUAGUUCUUUUUAUACCUUUUGCCAUGCUUUUUAGUAGAGAUACGUGGACGAGCGGUGACGCGACGUCGCAUGUUGGUCACAAACACGGCCUAUCCAACCGCACACAGGUCCGUAGUAUUAGAGCUACUAAUGUUGUAGUCCAUGGGCUAUUAAUAGCAUCGAACAAUGUAUUUUUUAUAAAAUUGAUAUCGAAAUUAUUAGGAAGGUACAUAUAUUAUUUUGAAUUGGACAUAUCUCAUUGUUUAAUAAUUGUUGACUAGAGUGGGUUUACGGUUAUAAGUACAUCGCAGAACUGAUGUAGACUUCUGCCAGUAAUGUUUUGUUGUCAGUUUGUUACAACAUCGGGUCCCGUCGAAUGACGCUCGCUGUAGACGCACUCCGCACAUCCGACGUAUAAUUCGUUUUUCCUUACCUGCGUUUUGCUGUUAACAAACAUUAUGGAAAAAAAAUAAUUAUAAUAAUAAAAUAUGAAUUGCUUUGUACAUAAUAUUUUUAUUUAAUAUUUUCAUGACAUACUAUUUGACAUGAUCUAUUGACAUCAUUUUAUUGAAUAUAUCUUCCUACUGUGGAACAGGUAAGAAAAAAUGAAUUUUAAUGAAUUAUAGCAAGUAACGUAUAAAUUUGUAAGCAUGUACGGAACUUUAUAUACGGAAUUGAUCGGUAUGUAAAGUUCGCAGAUGUUCUUAUUGCGUUUCCUUGUUUCUUUUUACAUUAUGUUUUGUAUAGAAUUAGAUUUAUAUUGCGACCACACCGUUUAUUUAACGUGCCUUUAACAUUUUCUUAUUAUAAAAUGUUAGUAAGUAUUAUGUACUUAUAUAAUCGUCCUACUGUACUUAGCGACGUGCAACAUUGUCAUCGAGCAGCGAAUGUAGUCAGCGGGCAGAUGAUGAAUGGUCGAGCAUCGAACCGUACGCUACGCGUUGUUAUACGGCCGAUGUAACGAGCCGGGUAGCCGCGCGCACCGCCCGCGCCACUCACAAUGCACAAACCGUCCGCCCGCACUUUGUUUUCGACCUUAUGUGACGGGUACAGGAAUUAAACUCAAUUAUAUAUACAUUUUUCACAUUAUUUUAUAAUGUAAACAAACGAACGAAACUGCUAUUGUACUACGCUAUUGUUUUUAAACUAUAUACAGCUGUAAAAUUGGGAAUAUCCUAGGUAUAACUAAUUUCUCGAGAUUUUCAUUUUAGUGACGACCAUUUUGUAAACCUGUACCCUUCAUAUACAAACAUAUAUUAUAUAGUAUGAAUUGUGUUUAUAAAUAUAAAAAUCAUGUUGCUCUCGAAGUAUCUUUUUGUGUUGAUAUUUUGAUUUGUAUUCCUAAAAUGAUUUAAGUGUAAAGUAGGUUAGUUUUAUAGUGAACCUGUAGUGGGUCUGUUUGCCCGCCAUUAUGAUUGGUUAGUUUUAUGUGUCGCAGGGAUUUUGCGAUGUUGAGUCUCGUCGACGUUAGUGUUACACUGAAUACACGAACAAUUAAUUAUACAGUAUACCGCUUCCAUAUGAAAUAUUGAUAACUCCGCGCCAUUCCCCUUACACGCGAACCGUUUGCGGAAUCUUUGCGACAAGUAUAUCUCAAAUAACUAAUAUAUACACAUUAUAUACUGGUAUUAUGUAUAGAUUUUGUUAAGCAUUAGUCGAAGAGGGAUUGGAAUGUGAUACAUAUAUCGAUUUUGUACGCCACUCAUGACUAUGUGUUAUGGAUUAAGAUUGUUUGUAACAGUUAUAAGUAGACUGUUUUUUGUUGAAAAAAAAAGAAUUAUAUCUGGGGCCACGUUGGUGCGUCGAAAUGUUAUAUUGCCUAUACAUAAUGUUUGUCUUGUUUACGGUGAGCGUUAUGAUGAGCGCCUCACGCCGACGUGUGGAACCGCGCUUUUCUGAAGCCCAUUAUCAUUCUAGAGUUGGUGUUGCGGUGCGUUAUCGUAGGCCGUCCGUUCGGGGCAAAUAUUGAUUACGACUAGUCGUUUGUUAGCAGUGAGCAUACGUGAGAGUGCGUACCAUCAUCACACCUGUUGUCUCACACCACGUAGCGCCUACUGCUAACACUGUAACUAUAUAGAGACAUGUCUGUCGAUGAAAAAAAUGUAAUAUUUAAAUUUAUUUCACAAUGUAAUAUGAUAAUUAUCAAUGACGCUACGUUAACAUUGCAUGAUAUAUAAAUAUAAUAUAAUUGUUGUCUUCGGUUGACUAAGUUCACAAAAGUUGUAUGGAUUUCCAAUUGUUUAUGGUGUAGCUAAAUAGCACACGCGUUUACCGGUUGGGCUCGGGCGAGCAGUGUUGACAGCUUCACAUUGAAUGUUUAUAUUAUUGUUGUCAUCGCGUGGCAUGCAUCUGUCGUCGAAUACGUCAUCAGUCGUACGUUUGCUAUUUAGUUGAACCGAUGAAAAUAUAUUCUCAGGGGAAAAUUUAUUGUUGUAUAAAUUAAGAGGUAGCACUUUGUUUAUGUGAUUGAAUAAGAUGUCGAAUGAUCUUCGGAAUUAUUGCUGUAGUGAAUUAAUACGUACGCUUUUAUUUUAUGUAGCGUUUCGAAAAUAUCAUUUUUUUUUGUUCAUGAAAGUUUUUAUUUAUUUCAAGAGAUAAGAGUUGAAUAAAACACAUUUCUUCAUUAA